UUUCGAUAGUUUUUGGCCGGGCCAACAGCUGUUGAAACAAUUGUUAUGAAAUUUUGUUAGUUCCCAACAAAAUGUUGCGCUUCUUGACAAAAACUCGUAACUUGAGAUCACUGAUGCCUGUCUCUGGCACUCGCUGCUAUGCUCAGAAGUUGCCCAACAAAAGUCUCAAGUCCCAGGAUGAGGAGCCGAUAAGCAACGAGCCCAUCAAAUUCUUUGGCAGCCAGGCAGCCUCAUGGCGAGCACGCGACACACGGAGCGGGGGCAGCGACGAAACACUGUGGUAUCAGCCGUACGUAAUCUCCGCCAGCUUGGCUCUGUUUCUGGUCUACUUUUGCAUACUGCGCGAGGAGAGCGACAUUGAUCUGCGUCUGGAGGGCAAUCUGUAUGAUCAUGUUAGCGGUUUGGAGGAGGUGCAGCUCACAGUCAACUACAGAUACAACAAGGAGCACGGACUGGACACCAAGGAGCAGGAGGCGCGAUUAAUCGAACUUGGCGUCGAUGUGCGACAACUGGAAGCCCAAUUGGCAGCACAAUAGUUUCGUCCACAGUUAUAGUAUGUUAUUUGUUAAGCGAAAAGUUAAAUAAAUAUAUUUAUAACAGUU